UUCCGGAGCCACGGAGCCCGUGUCGCGCGGCCAGCCGGCCCACGGAGCCCAUGGACCUGAGCGCUGCCGCCGCGUUGUGUCUCUGGCUAUUGAGCGCUUGCCGUCCCCGCGACGGGCUGGAAGCUGCCGCGGUGCUCCGAGCGGCUGGGGCAGGACCAGCCUGGAGCCCCGGGGGCGGCGGCGGAGGGCGGACACUAGCCCCGUCUUUGGGCCCUUCAGCUCUCCAGGCCGCCGCGGUUACCGGGUCCCGCGCUGUGCGCCGCGCUGCGGGCUCUGGCUUCAGGAACGGCUCGGUGGUGCCACACCACUUCAUGAUGUCGCUUUACCGGAGCCUGGCUGGGAGGGCUCCGGUCGUGGCACCCUCGGGGCACCGCAGCGCGGACACGAUUACCGGCUUCACAGACCAAGCGACUCAAGACGAAUCGGCGGCCGAGCCAGGCCAGAGCUUCCUGUUCGACGUAUCCAGCCUCUCGGAUGCCGACGAGGUGGUAAAUGCGGAGCUGCGAGUGCUGCGCCGGAGGUCCCCGAAGUCAGACAGAGACAGUGCAACCCUCCCGCCGCUGCUGCUAUUGUCCACGUGCUCGGACGCGGCUGGUGCAUCUCACCUGCUGCAGUCUCGGGCCGCCGAGCCCCUGGAUGGCGCGCGCUGGGAAGCCUUCGACGUGACUGAAGCGGUGAGGAGCCACCGUCGCGAGUCGCGCCCCUCCCGCAAGUUCUGUCUAGUGCUGCGCGCGGUGGCCGGCUCCGGGAGCAGCCCGCUGGCCCUGCGACGUCUGGGCUUCGGCUGGCCGGGCGGUGGCGGCACGGCUGCCGAGGAGCGCUCGCUGUUGGUGAUCUCCUCGCGUACGCUGAGGAAAGAAAAUCUGUUCCGGGAGAUCCGUGCCCAGGCCCGCGCUCUCCGGGCCGCCUCAGAGCCGCCACCCGAUCCGGGACCAGGCGCUGGGUCUCGGAAAGCAAUCCUGGGCGGACGCAGGCGGCGGCGGACAGCGCUGGCGGGGACCCGGGGAGCGCAGGGCAGCGGCGGGGGCGGCGGGGGCGGCGGCGGCGCAGGCAAGGGCCACGGGCGGAGAGGUCGGAGCCGCUGCAGCCGCAAGCCGCUGCAUGUGGACUUUAAGGAGCUGGGCUGGGAUGACUGGAUCAUCGCGCCAUUAGACUACGAGGCAUACCACUGCGAGGGCGUUUGCGACUUUCCUCUGCGCUCACACCUGGAGCCUACGAACCAUGCCAUCAUUCAGACAUUGCUCAACUCCAUGGCGCCCGACGCGGCGCCAGCCUCCUGCUGUGUGCCUGCACGCCUCAGCCCCAUCAGCAUCCUCUAUAUCGACGCGGCCAACAACGUGGUUUACAAGCAAUACGAGGACAUGGUGGUGGAGGCCUGCGGCUGCAGGUAGCAUGUAGUCUGGGGAGGGUCUUGCCGCCUAGGACCCUAGCUGAAGAGCACCUGUCACCAGGCCCGAGGGAUGGCUGACUAUGGCCUCCGCCAGCAGAGAGGAGAGCACACAGUUCACACUCACAUUUACACACUCCUUCACUCACGCACACGUUUACCAUG